CUUUAGAAAGUUUAUCAGUGUUGUCCAAAAUGAUUGUGGAUAUUAAGAAGUUAGUGUUUUACAAUAGGGGAGAUCUAUUUCAAUAUGUAGCCACUAUUACAGGAGCUUUCUCGAUAAUGAGUUCUGGUAUAAAUCUUGGUUGGACAUCUCCGUACUUACCGAAACUGAUGGCAAACGACACCGAAUCAAUAACACCUCCAACAAACGAAGAAGGUUCCUGGUGUGCUGUCGCUCCACUACUUGGAUCACCGUUUGGAGCCCUGGCAGCUAUGUAUGUAUCUGAUAUACUAGGACGCAAGGUUACCGUUUUGAUAAUGGCUCCGAUAGUAGCAGCUAGCUUCAUUCUUAUCGCUUUUUCGACGACAAUUUGGGAAAUAUCUAUUUAUAGGUUCAUUAUUGGAGCGACGGAAGGAGCUUCGUAUACAGCGUUACCGAUGUACAUCGGAGAAAUUUCUGACCCCAAGAUCAGAGGUUUUUUGACUGCAACUAUAGCCAUAUUCGCUAUAACUGGUACUUUGUUUAUUAAUAUUGUUGGAUCUAUCAUGAAUAUAUUUACUUCCAGUAUUGUUUGUGCUACAAUACCUAUAGUACAUUUUCUGUUCUUUGCGUUUAUGCCUGAGUCUCCUUAUUUUUACGUUAAGAGGCAUAAUUACAUAAAAGCCAAGGAAUCGUUGGAGAUAUUUAGAGGAAAGGCAGCAGUUGACGAUGAAAUGGAAAGUAUAUGCAAAGCAGUUACACGUCAGGAACGAUCCGAGAAAGCUGGCAUUCUUGACUUAUUUAGUGUGUCCAGUAACAGAAAAGCAUGUUGCAUUUUCUUGAUCUUAAAUUUGACCAACAAAUUUAGUGGUAAGAACCCAUGUUUGUUCUAUACAGAAACAAUUUUCAGGGAAUCUGGUAGUAGUAUCGAUCCCACUCUUUCAGUAAUUGUCUAUUGUUGCGUGGAGUUAGCUGCAGUGGCAACCAGCACGUACUUUAUAGUGGACAGAUUCGGAAAGAGACUUUUAAUGAUCAUUUCUACUGCAGGUUGUGCUAUAUCUGUGUUUUUACUAGGAAUGUAUUUCUACCUUAAGGAUUUCCAAGCAGGCAUCAUUGAAAACUUGGAUUGGAUACCAAUAACGGCUCUAGUAUCGUAUAACGUACUCUUUAGUAUAGGACUGGCAUACGGUCCAGUGAGUGUUCUCAGUGAACUCUUUCCGACUAAUGUCAAAGCUAGGGCUUUGGGUAUAGCUGACACCUUUUCUGUUCUCAUGGGCGUUGUUGUAUCUAAAAUAUUUCAGAUUACUAUAGACCAGUUUCAAACAAUGUCGGUGCCCUUUUUGUUCUUCGCAAUUUGCAGUACUAUAGGGUUAGUUUUUGUGAUUAAGUACGUACCGGAGACUAAGGGGAAAACACUGGAAGAAAUUCAGCAGUAUUUAAUUGGAGAACAAACGACUACUCUGGAAAUGAGGAAUACCGUCAACAGAAUUUAGACAAAUAACAAACUUUCAUAGUAAAACUUCAUUAAGACUGUAAUUUUUAGAAUUAUUCACGUUAUACGUUCUGUAGAUGAUAAAAAUUGAACCAUUCACUUGAUAUUAUUUGGUUUAAUGCUGUAGCAGGUAUAAAAAAAUUCGAUCUCUUUCUUUUUUCCCGCCGGUAUUUUAAUCUGUGCAUCUACCGCAAGUUACGUGGUGUUUUUUGACAUUGAUAUUUCAUUUACUUUUCAUUUAUUAAGCUUUGGGUGCUCUUUUGCAGCUUGACUUAAUUAGUUUGUAUGUGACUGAGUGUAACUAUUACAACGAUUUCUUCAUUGCUUUAGAUUUUACUCUCAGUUUUAAGUACGGAAUAACUUUUUAGGCUUCAUAAAUUCACAGACAAAAGCGUUUCCUGAAAAUGUGAAUUUAUUGUAAAGAAUGUUACGUUUACAAAUAGUGGAUAGGUUUUUUUAAAACUGUUUAAUAUUAGUAUCUAAUUUAAGAUUUAAUCUGUGAUUACAGUAUCUGUAUUAAUAUAUGUAUGUAUUUAUUGUUGUUUAUAAUUUAUAUAAUUAAAAUACAUUUGUAUAAAAAU